AUGGUUAGGUAUUUACUCGUGAUGUUGUUGUUGUUGUUGUUACUGUCCAUUUUUGGGACAACACAAAGAACUAACAACACUUGCAGAUGUUGUGAUUCGAUUGUUGUUGUUGUUGUUAUUGUUAACGACAGUUUUUACAUCAUUCGAGUCAGUCUUCAUCCGGUUCUUUUAAUUGUUUUGAAUAGAAUUGAAGGUAGCGGGUGUCGAAGAAUGCAAACCGUGCAAUAA